UCUUUGAUAUGAGAGACCUUAAGAGUACAAGAGCAAGAAGAGUAGGAGGGAAGAAUGCGCGCGGGAACAUCUGACAAAACGAAUAACCCAUCAUCUGACCGGCAUUAGAGCAUGCUGGAGCCCACAGAUGCGCACAGGAUCAAUAGGCGUUCAGUUUCUUGCAGACAGUGAACAAGGCAGGCGAAUUAUACCAGGAAGUAUUGAUAUGUCAAGUUUAGGUUAUUUUUAAAUUGUUUUCCUAUUAAAGUCGCUGCAUUGUUCACUUAUUAUUUGCAACUAGUUAAAGGUCUAUCGAGUGUCUGUCGCCUACGUGAAGGAGAGGGUUGGGCAUGCCGUCUUGGUGACACAGUGUGGGAGGCGGUCGUGUACCCUACCAGUUAAUUAACGGGGUUUGAUGACGAAACAUCAUCAGCAUUCGCUCGAAAAGUAUCAGAGCUUUUCAUACAGUCCAAGGAAUUUUUUUCUCCCUCGAUGCGCUAUCUUCUUCUUCCCUCUCCGGGUGCCCUCUGUUACAGGAGUUGAAGGCAACCUCGUAGAAGUCAGAAGAUUCAGACGAGUGUGAAUACCAAUGCUGCACUAACAGCCAAGGAUUCUGUUACUUCAUCUUCAUCAGCUGUGGUGGAUCUGAGAAACAGACUGGCAGCAGAUUUUUGUCCAACUUCUCCCCUGCCAUCCAGAUCCCAGUAUGACAUUAUCCAGUGCUCAGCCUCUGCGUAGAGGAAGCACCCCAGUCCCAAUAAAACACCAAUUAAGACGGGAGGAAGCUGUCAAUGAUGAUUGCGAUUGGACUUCGGGACUGGGUGGUCAGUCACCUCCUCCGAUCAGUAUCUGCCCUGCUCAGGACGGGUUUGCGUCUUCAGGGGCAGACAGACACGGAGGGCCUUUACGAAUCGCCCUGCUGGGACAGAACGGGGUCGGGAAGUCCUCGCUGGCCAUCGCCCUGGCUGGAGACACAGACAGAACAGCCUCUGUGGAUUCAGAGGGGGAAGGCUAUGUACGCAUGGUUACCGUGGACGACGAGGAAAGCAUCAUCGUUAUCUACGACAACUGGAGGCAGGACUUGUCCACGCUGCAGUGCGACGUGUGUGUGCUCGUGUUCUCGGUGACGGACAGACGGAGUUUCCACCGCACCGCCCAGCUGCGUCUCCUCCUCCGGGAGACACAGCCCCAGACUCCCAUCAUCCUCGUGGGCAACAAGAGUGACCUGGUGCGCUCACGCGAGGUCAGCGCUGAAGAGGCCCGCUCUAGUGCAGGCCUGUUUGGCAGCCUGUACCUGGAGCUCUCCACCACCCUGGAGCACCACACCUCUGAGCUGCUGGAGGCGGCGGUGCGGGCGGCCCGGGGCGAGAGCCUUUGGCCCUGCGGGGAGGACGGCGCCGGAGGUGGCCGCCGCGAGAGCCUCACCACCCGGGCCAAGCGCUUCCUGGCCAGCCUGGUGCCCCACUACCACCGCGAGAGGGAGAGAGACGGGGGCAAGUUCUUCCGACAGAAGUCACGCUCCUGCCACGACCUGGUAGCCCUGUGAUGAGGAGAGAGAAGAGAGAAAAAGGAGAAAGAAACGGGAAAUGAAUAGAUAAAUGAAUGGGUGAAAGAAGGAUGGAAUAGAGAGAGAGACGGUGGGGAAAGAGAAUGAAAAGAGGAGAGAGAAGUGCUAGCUACUCGCAGCAAAUAACCACAUAAUUCACAUAAGAUGCAUUUCACAGUCAGAGACCUUAGGGGAGAGUGGAGGGUGUGUACACAUCCGAUGUCAUUUAGGACCAGGAGAGAAAAAACUCAGAAUAGCACUAGAUUCUUAACAUGUAGAGUACAGCACAUAACCUAUACCAUCAUUUUAAAUACAUUUGUAAAUAUACAUAUCAUGGUGUGACCUGUAUUGAGCUACUAUUUGUCAUGUUCACACAAUUAUCCCAAUAAAAGUGUUACAGUACAAAUAAACUGCAGU